UUCAGCCUUACUUUCUUCUUCUUCUUCAAGACAAAUUAAGCAUAUUGGAAUCUUUCUUUAAAGCCUGAGACUUAGUAUGUCUGUGAAUUUAGAGCCGUUGGAUUCAGGAGUGCAGAUCCCUUACCACUUCAGGUGCCCCAUUUCCCUCGAGCUGAUGCGGGAACCCGUUACUAUAUCCACGGGUCAGACCUAUGACCGAACCAGCAUAGAGUCGUGGUUCGCCGCCGGCAAUACCACCUGCCCCGUCACCAGAGCGCCGCUUUCUGAUUUCACUCUCAUCCCAAACCACACUCUUCGCCGCCUUAUCCAAGACUGGUGCGUCUCAAAUCGCGAGUUCGGAGUCGAACGGAUCCCAAGUCCGACCCAGCCCGCCCACCCUUCAGUGGUACGGACCUUGUUGAAUCAGGCAUCGUCGGAGAGGAGCACUUCUCAGUCACGUAUCUCUGCGCUGCGACGGCUUAGAAGAUUUGCUGCUGACUCGGACAAGAAUUGUUCGCUCAUUGGAUCUUACAACGUGCGCCGGAUUUUACUCCAUCUCCUUUUUGAUCCCAAUUCGGAUUGUUUUGAGUUGAAGCACGAGUCGCUCGCGCUUUUGGUUUGUUUUUCACUUGCCGAAUCUGAAUGCGUCUUCGUCGCAUCGGAGCCGGAGAGAAUCAAGUAUUUGUCGCGUUUGAUGUUUCAUUCCUCCAUCGACGUCCGAGUUAACUCGGCUGCACUGAUUGAGACCGUCGUGAGCGGGACUCGUUCGCAGGAGCUGCGUGCACAAAUCAGCAAUGUCGAUGAAAUCUACGAAGGAGUGGUUGACAUCCUGAAGAGUCCGGUUUCGUCCCCUCGGUCUCUCAAGGUUGGGAUCAAGGCCUUGUUCGCUUUGUGCCUGGUGAAACAAACACGACACAAAGCGGUUGCCGCCGGAGCUCCGGAGAUCCUCAUCGACCGGCUCGCUGAUUUCGAGAAAUGCGACGCCGAGAGAGCUCUGGUGACGAUUGAGUUACUCUGUCGAAUUCCUGAGGGGUUGGCUGCGUUUGCAGGGCACCCGCUGACGGUACCGCAGCUGGUGAAACCAAUACUGAAGAUAUCCGACCGGGCGACAGAGCACACCGCCGGAGCACUAUGGGCCCUUUGCUCAGAAUCGGAGGAGUGCCGGAGGAAGGCGGUGGCGGCGCGUGUGCUAACGCCCCUGCUAUUGGUGGUACAGAGUGAUUGUACAGAGAGGGCAAAGAGGAAGGCGCAGAUGUUGCUGAAGCUUCUUCGGGAUUCGUGGCCGCAAGAUUGCGGCGGAAACUCCGACGAUUUUGCAUGGAGCGAACUCGUAGUACCGUUCUGAGUUUUUGACGAUGGUGCUUCUCUUUGGCAUAAUCUCAAAAACUGACUCCCAAAUUUCCAUUUUUCUUAUCGCAGUUUCAGGUAAAAGCAGAUAGAUCAUGAUUCAGUUUUAGGUUUAUGAGUUUAUCAUCAGUACAUAAUACUUCAUGCAAUUUUUUUUUUUUUUUUGGGUUACGUUCAUUCAUUCAUUUUAUGUAAGAAUUUGCUGGAAGUAAAUAAAAUGUUUUACUUUUGUAGAGACAUUAAUCUCAAGUGGUGGUAAA